AUGCUUAACACAAGAAAGGUUUUAGAUAUGCCAGAGCUAAAUAGACAGUUGCCUAAUAUUGAGUGCUGGAUAGGAGAAUUGUGUGAUGUAGGAAGCGAUCUUGCCUUCUAUGCAGGAAAGAAACUCUUGAAUUAUAUAAAGGAACACUCAGCAGAAUAUCCAAAAACUGCAGAAGAACAAAAUCAGCUAUUUACUUCUGUGUUUAUUACACCACUGAAUUCUGUCAUGGAGGAUGUUUUCAAAGAAAGAAAUGAAAAAAAAUUACUGAAAUUGCCUAAUGACACUACAGAGAAAGCCAAAAUAAUUAUGACAAAUUUGUAUAUUGACUGGAUAAGCAAUAUACAAUCUGGGAAAUACACAGAUGAGGAAAGAAAUACAGAUAGGUGCAUAUUUGAUAGUGUGAAAGAGGUAUACCCAGCCACAAUAGCUGCAGUUAUUACAUGGAUGGAGAGUCAAGUGUUCAGCCCAGCUUUCAGAUUGGCUGAUGUGAACAAGCUAGAUAUUCUUGAUAUAAAAGAGUUAGAUGACAAAAUGAACGAUACUAAAAGCAACAUAUUCAAUAUGUUUACAGAUGAUUCAUACGAGAUAGCAAAGAAACUAAACUAUCCAUUUGAGCUAUUACUGCCUAGAGUAAAGAAAGCUGAACUUAUGCCGAAAAUAAUACCCAGCAGGAAAGCCAAAUCGAAUGAAAUAUUCUAUAAAAUCCAAAAACUCGAUAUAAUUAUUGAGUCCAGAAGAGAAUAUUCUAAGAAUCAGAGCAAUGAAUUGGAAUCUAACAUUAAUCAACACAGCAAUAUUGAUGGCAUAAACAAUACAGAGUUCCAGGUAAACACAGCAGAUAUCGUGCCCAUGGUAUUCCAAGAUGAUAGUGUUUUGUUAUUACCUAUACCAGAAACAGAGCAAUUUGUUGAGGAAAAUACUCCAAUCAGUCCAGUUGAACACCAUUCAGAUAAUGAUGUAGGCGAUCAUUGGGAUAAUUCAAGAAAUCAGCCCAUGGGUUCAUCCCAGUUAGAUACUGCUGAUGUUUUAGAUACGAAAUUGCCAGGCUGGGAUAUAAAACUAGAAUGGAAAACCUAUAUUGACAAACUUUCAAUUGACUAUACAAUCCGAAACUAUUUUAAAAUUCUAAUGAAUCCGACACGAACGGUAUUCUAUAAAAGCAAUUACUUUGCGUGGGUAUUCCUAGAAGAAAAAGAUAUACUUAGCCAGUUUGCAAUAGUUACUAAGGACCUUGAAGAAGACUAUGCCGAAUUAAUCAAAAGGAUUGUUGUUCUGAUUAAAAAAAUUCAAAUAGAGCAGAUGGUGCUUAAACACAAUCAAUGCGCAAUUGAAAUGCUUUAUUCUGAUUUUUUUACUUUGAUUAAUAGAAACGAGAUAAAAGCCCUUGCUAAGCGUAUCUUAAAUAACUAUGAGUAUAUAAAAGCUGUGGAUCAGAAGAUUAUAACUAAUUUAAAUAAUGUAUCUGCAGCACUAAGGGAAUAUAAUAGGCUAGUGAAAGAUAAAACUCUGAAAGAAAGGCAGUUAAUAAAUAUAUAUGAGGAAAAAAUGGCACGCACACUGGCAUCUGUAUUAAAAGAAGCUAGCAUAGAUGCCUGGAAUCAGACCAAAGAGAUCGCUAAAAACCAAACAAAGAAACCAAGCACGCAGAAUGAAAAAGAGCUCUUUUUAUAG